UAGUGGGAUUAUCACCACCCAGAACUGAUGCUCAGGACCCCUCAAACAUGAAGAAAUGCCUUGACUACACCUUGCUCCUCAUCAUCUCAAUCCUUCACGGCUCACUGCAGCAGAGAAUCAUUGGAGGACAGGAGGUUGAACCCUAUUCUAUCAAGUAUCAGGCCUCUAUCCAGUACAGUAACAGCCAUUACUGCGGAGGAACUCUAGUACACCCGCAGUGGGUGGUUACUGCUGCCCACUGCUGGAGGCCGAGCUAUUUAAUCAAAGUGGUGCUGAGUGAACAUGACAUAUACAAAAAAGAGGGCUUUGAGCAGGUGUUCAACGUCUCCAGGAUCCUGGUCUAUUACUUGUAUAAUUACAGGACAUUUGAUCAUGACAUAAUGCUUUUGAAAUUGGAGCGGCCAGCAGAACUCAAUGCCAACAUUCAGCCAGCUGCUCUGCCAGUCUCAGGUACCCCUCCUUUACAAGGGGGCUCUAUGUGCACAGUGAGUGGCUGGGGCGUCACUCAGGUGUACAGUUAUUACCUGUCCUCUGUACUGCGUGCUGUGGACGUCCAGAUCAUCCCCCAAUGUCAAUACUACUACUAUUAUAGAAUCACAGACAACAUGGUGUGCGCCGGCUCUCCACUGGGUGGCAAAGACUCUUGCCAGGGUGACUCCGGCGGGCCUCUCAUCUGUAAUGGUCGUUUUGAGGGUAUUGUGUCCUGGGGCAUCAGUUGUGCCAACCCGUACUUCCCUGGAGUCUACACCAAAGUCCGCAACUACAUCGCCUGGAUCAGUUGGAUAAUUGAAAACGACAACAGCUAGAAUGUUUUGUUCCCAAAGGUUAUUGAAUUGCCACACAAUCCAAAUGACAGCAGGAAGCCCAGUAUAUUGAGUACAGCAGUCAGUGGUCUGUAUGUUAGAUAAGAUGUGAGGUUAAUGCUUGCAUUGAGAAUUAUUUUAAUAUUUUAACUCUAUAAACUGCUAAAUGUAUGUACCAUGGAUUGAAACAUAAAAUUAAACAUUUGAAAGAUCUAGAAAAAGGGCCACAAUGACAGAUCAUGCAAAGAGGGUUCGGGUAUUCAAACAUCCAAAUCAAGUGAUGUGCAUUUGUGGUGAAAUUCAUGUUUGUUUUGGCAUAAAUCCAAUUCAAAGUGUCCACUGGGGUCUGUUGGUUUAAAGGUAAAGUGCACCAAAUCAAAUCAAAACAAGACAAUUGUUUUUCACAAGCUUACAUUGUAAAACCAAAAUGUGGAGAUUCCCCUGUUCAUCAGGGGUUUUUCAUGCACUUUUGUUACUUCAAGGCGGGGGACCAUAAAACAAUAA